UGGAAUUCGCGAAAGUAUGCGGUCGCCGAGCGAAGAUAUCGCUGCCAUUGCUGCGGAUAACCACAAGCAGUACCAAUACCAAUACAACAACAACAACAGCAACAAUAAUAAUAAUAAUUAUUAUAAAAACUAUAAUAAUAGCAAUGGCAACGGUAACGGUGCCAUUCCUUAUCACGCGCGUGAGAACUCGCUGCCAUUCAGUUAUGGACAAAUUGGCAAAUCGUCGACGCCAUUGCGCAAAACGCCAACGCCAACCCGAGCGGAUAGUUUUCUAGAUUUCGACUAUGUCGCCAAUAGCAACAACAGCAACAACAACGGCGGCAGUAACAACAACUACAGCAACUACAACAACAACAGCUCCAUUGAGAGCAAUGGCGCUACAAUCAAAACGCAGCCGCGACUCACGAGCCCUUUGCUGGUGCGCAAAACGUUAGGCGGAACGACAACAGCAACAACAACAACAGGUCGCGAUACAACCAAUACGAAUACAAUAGCCAAUACCUACCCCUACAACUACAACAAAAACAACAACAGCAACAGCGGCAGCAAUAGAAAACUGAUUGACUUGGAGGAGCUGUGUCGCGAGCGUCGUGAGAAGGUUUAUGGCGAACAUCGCGGACCGCCGCCAACGCCGCCACAACGACAACAUUUCUUGACAACCACAACAACAGCAACAACAACGGCGAAUGGUGCUGGCAAUCAUAACUAUAAUGGCUUUAAUGGCUACAACCAUAAGCCGUCCAAAUAUAAUUAUGAUUUUGAAUUUAAUUUGAAUUUAAACGAUGAUUUCGAUAACUACACGCCACAAUAUCGGCGAGCGCACACAUUGGAGCGCAGCUCGCUGCCGGCGCCGCAGUCGCAGUCGCAGCGUUACCAGACACGCAACAUUGUUGAUAUUGCUGGCUGCGAUGUGCCAGAUGGCGUGUCACGCGGCCACAGCAAAAGCAUAUCGAAUUAUAUGGAACGCAAUUAUCACACAAUUAAUAAUGGCGAAAAAAUAGUGUAUGAUGAACGACCUCCAUUGGAAGUGACAUACAAACGACAGCAGCAGCAGCAACAGCAGCAGCAACAGUUGCAGGCAACACCAACACAAUACAACAACAACAACAACACGGACAGGGGCGCAAUUUAUGGUCAGAACAACAUCCACAUCGAGCAAACAACGACGCAUGCGCGCCAGCGUCGCGAUUUGUCGCCCAUUUAUGCGACAACAAGCAAGCAACAACAACAACAACAACAACAGCAGCAGCAGCAGCAGCUACAUAUACAGGCAUCCCAGUCCACAUCCCCGCGCCAAUUUGGCCCAAAUACCAAUAGCCAUGGCAAUGGCCAACCGGAUUAUCUGACGCCCAGUCCAACAACGCCGGGCCUCAACCGACCCGAGACGCCCGCAUUUCCUGUCACGCCACGCACACCAUAUGGCACUCAGUUGUCGCUGUCGAGCAACCAACAGGAGUCCAUUUACCAGACCACGCAGAGGUCCAGAUUGAACUCGGUGGGCACCAGCAUUACGCAGGAUGGCGGCGUGCCGCAGGAGGUGGCCGCCCAUCUGGUUAAAUUCGCUCGCAAUUCCGCGAAAUUUUGGUACAAACCCAUGCUCUCCAGGGAGGAUGCCAUCGCAUUGCUGCUGAAUGCUCCGCCCGGCACGUUUCUGGUACGCGACUCGACCACCUAUAAGAACGCCUAUGGCCUGGUGUUGCGUGUCGCGCAACCACCACCUGGCAGCAGUGGCUCCCAACCGCAGGAUCUGGUGCGCCACUUCCUCAUAGAGCCCACGCAAAGGGGUGUGCGCUUGAAGGGCUGUCAGAACGAGCCCGUCUUCACAUCGCUCUCGGCGCUCGUCUACGAGCAUUCCAUCAAUCAGCUGGCCUUGCCGUGUUUGUUGCGCAUUCCGGAGGAGGAUGUGGUGCCAUCGCCAUGGGUGGCCACGCCAGCCCACCAACAACUGCUCACCCAUGGUGCGGCAACGAAUGUGUUGUGGCUUUACUCCUGUGACACAGAGUCCUUGACGGGCAAUGAGGCAAUACGCAAGGCCAUCCGGCAAUUGUACGCCCAAAGCCCCUUGCCCACACCCACUGAGGUGCACUUCAAGGUCAGCCAACAGGGCAUCACCCUGACGGACAAUACGCGCAAGAAAUUCUUCCGCAAGCACUAUACGGCCGAGGUCAUCUCGCACUGUGCCAUCGAUCCGGACAAUCGUCUCUGGUCCGACGAGAAGAAGACGAUAUUUGCCUUCGUGGCGAGACGCUCCCACAGCUCCAAGGACAAUCAGUGUCAUGUGUUCUGUGACCUGACCUCCAGUCAACCGGCAGUCGCCAUCGUCUCCUUCGCGAACCGCACGCUCCCCACAGAGAAGCAGAGCAACUAUGUCCUCUGAUGCAGGGCAGCCCAGCAGCAGGACGAGUGGGCGUAUGGGGAACAGGUGCGGUUGUGGCCAGCAGCUGGAAAGCGACGCGUGCAUUUUAAAGGCGAGCACGAUUUUAAUUAGCGUUCCAAACUGUGCUGUUCCAUCCAAACGGCUAGCAGUGUUGUACAACGUUAAACUAAUCAAGUAGAUUACGUAUACGCCGUGUGCGGCCGCACAAACGAAAAAUUGUUAUUAAAUUACACAUACGACAAAUACAUUAACAAAAUGAUGUCAGUUGUAGUUUAUGUGACACACACACCCAUAUACAUACAUAUAUACAUAUAUACGUACGCACAUGCACAAACACACACACAUAUAUAUUAGUUACGCAGCCACGAAUACAAACAGCAGCAAAAUUUAUUUGAUGUUUUGGCAAGGCAGCAUAAAAAACUGUUUAUGGCAAAACUUAAAGUGGAGAGCAAAAGAGCAACCAACAAUUCGCUUUUUUUUUGUCAACUUGAUUUGACAAACGCACAGAGCGCGCACAGUGGAGCAAAAGUUGGACAAUUUUAUAUGAUAAAGAACAAGUUAUCAAAAUUUAGAUUUGACAGCACAAAUGUUUCAUGUUUAAGUGUCAAUUUUUCUUUUCAAUUAAGAGUUAACUUUUUAAAAGGUCAAAAAUAAUUUAUAUUUUUUAUUUAUCUCCGUUUUCAACAACGAUGUAAUUAUAUUUUCUAAUCACCUGUUGUUACAGCUGGAAUGUAGAAUAUAUUUAAAGAAGUAAAGAGGUGACAAAUUUCUGCUAUCAAAAGCUAAAAAGUAAUAUUCAGUUAAUAGUUAUGAGAAAUUUUAUAUGAUAAAGAACAAGUUAUCAAAAUUUAGAUUUGACAAAUGUUUUAUGUUUAAAUAUCAAUUUAGACAGAAGGAAAAUUUAUCUUUUCAUUUAAGAGUUGGCUUUUUAAAAGGGUAAAAACAAUUAACAUUUUAUUUAUUUAUCUCUGUUGUCAAGAACGAUUUAGUUAUAUUUUCUGGUCACCUGUUGUUACAUCUGGAAUUUAGAAUAUAUUUGAGGAAGUAACGAAGUAAAUUUCUUCUAUCAACUUUUGACAAGUAAGAAGCUAAAAAGUAAUAUCCACUUAAUAACUAUAAGCCCCACAGAAAUGUUUAGAGCUGCACAUCUAAGGCAGUUAUUUGGCUUAUGGCGCCCGAUUAAAUGCAAUAAAAUCAAAUUGCAGGCCACUGUCGCGAAACCGAAAUCGAAAACCAAAAGUUGCGCACUUAUUAACUUUAAAGGUUUUGCGUGUCUACCUGUAUUUGUGUUAGUAUAUACAAGUAUAUGUGUGUGUGUGUGUGUGAAUUAUUUAUGUCUAUAUAUCUAUCAGCUAUAAGAGUGUACGAUUUGUGUUUUGUUUUUUUGUUUGUUUCUAUCUAUCGAUGGCUACAGGGUGCGCUUCGUGCAAAUGUCUACUGACGAAUUGUUUUGCAAAUCUAAUACAUUAAUAAACGUACAGUUUAAGUUUAAAUGUUAAUUAAAUUAACACUAAUUAAUAUGCAAACCAUUGUGCCAGUUUGCCAUAUACGAGUAUAUAUCUACACUCUUACCACAUAAUAUACAAAUACCUUACACAUACCUAAUUAAGUUCUACUACUAAUGCAGUCAAUACAAAUAAUGAAAUGUGCAGUGCAAUUAAAUUGAAGCGAAUACAAAAAAUAUACAUACAUACAUAUAUGUACAUACAUAUAUGUACAUACAUAUAUGUUAUAUAUAAAAUGCCAAUCCAAUUUACGACAACUACUUAUUAUUACAAAACAAAGCAAAUUUGUAUGCAAUACGAGUAUAGUAUGUAUGUGGCUGAGGCAUCUGUUAAUAAUUUGUUAUCUGCUGUCGCACUCUGCGCUUGUAAACUAAAUGUAUAAUAAAUAUAAAAAUAAAAGUUGUACCAUACUUAGCAAA